AUGAAUAAGCUUUCAAAUCAAAAGGGCGAAAAUUAGCGAGAUAAGUUGUUGUUGCAAGCAAGACUUGCUUAAUAGACAUAAAGAUUUGAAGAGAUGGUCAAAUUCGUUAAUAUGAUUGCUUAAGAAGAUGGUGUUUAGCUUAGAAGAGAAGAAGAAAUUUUAUUAAGCUCAGCAUAUAAAAGUUUAGUAGGUAAUAAAAGAGCAGAGUUAAGAGUUUUAAUGCAAAUAGAGAAAAAUGAGAGAGGCAAUCAAACCCCUGCUCAAAAUAAAUAUUUAAUGAAAUAUAUCAAUAAAAUUGAAAAAGAAAUAUGCCUGCGUUGCGAAGAAAUUAAUAGUUUGAUAGAUAGAAAUUUAAUGAAAUAUGUUUCUGAUUUAAAAUAAAAAAUUUUGUACUUUAAGCUGAAAGGUGAUUAUAUGAGAUAUUAUGCUGAAGUUUUAAAAACUAGAUUGCUAAUGUAUCAUAUGAGAGAAUAAUCAUAUUUAUAAGACGAUGAUAGUAACCACUCUUCAAAUAGAGAUGAAGAAGAUGAAAAUGAAUAAGCACUAAGUAACUUUGAAUUUAAAGAGUUUGAAGAAGUAAAUGAAGAAGCUCUUUUUGCAUAUAGUGAGGCAGAAAAGCUAGCAAAAUCUGAAUUAGCUCUGUCGAAUCCAUUGAGAUUGGCAUUAUAUCUGAAUAUGAGUGUUUAUUUUUUUGAAAUUUAAGAUAAAGUUAAAUAAGCUAUUUAAAUUGCAAAUGAAGCAUUUUAAGGAGCUAUAAACAAUAUAGAAAGUGAAAACGAAGAAAAUUAUAGAGAUUGUACAUUAAUUAUGCAGCUACUAAGAGAUAAUAUAACUUAUUGGAAUGAAAUAUAUUAAUAAAAAGAAUAUGAUCAAGAAUAUUGA